AUGGAUCAGAGCAGCCUAUGGAAGUUGUGCUUGACACUCUUGAAGUACAGAGGCAGAUGGGAGAUAAGCACAGGCUACAGGGCAGCUGAGGGGGGAAGAAGACAUCUUCAUUCUCUGAGUUGCAGCCUGGACCCUGAAGGGAAUGGAAGCAAAGAUGUAUUGCGAAGUAAUUCAUCACAUUUGACUGAAGGUGUAUUCAAAAGGAUUAUAGAAACACUUGAGGUACUACGGAAUUUGGAUAUAUCACUGGAUAUUCUAGUGGAAACUGGCAUAGGCAAAGCAGUUAACAAUUUUAGGAAACAUGCCACUGCUGGGAAAAUAGCUAAAACCCUGGUAAAACAAUGGAAGAAACUUGUUCCUUCUGAAAAGAAAAGCACUCACAGAGAAAGAAAACAAAAUACUGAAAAAGAUGAGACAAAGUCUUCAAUUUCCAAGGAGGUUAGGUCUUCAGAGAAGUCCAGAGCAUCUGUACUGACUUCCAGAAGUUCCGACAGUGCUCCUGAUUCUAAAAAGUUUAAUAAGCAGCAUACUUGUAGUGAAAAGAUCCACCAAGGUAGAGAUUCUGAGUCUCAAAAAGAAUGUGAUAAUAAAGAAUAUAGCAAUGGUGAUUAUGAGCAUGCUUCUCAGGGUACCAGUCCUCAAGCUAAAGAAAAUGACUUCAAAGAGAGAACCUCUACAGAGAGUAAGAAUUUUUCAGAAGAGCAGCAUUCCUCUGUAGCCAAUGAAGACUCACCACAGCUGAAGGAAAAGCCUAGAAGGGAUGCUUCCAAUAAGAGGAAUCCUAAGCAUGUGAAGAAACCAAAACAAAAACUUGUCCUAAAAAGCAAAGCCAAAUUAUCUAGUGAUGAAGAAUUUGAGCCCCCUACUAUGUCUUUUGAAUCUUACCUUACUUAUGAUCAGGUUACAAAGAAAAGAAAGAGGAAGGCUUAUUCUGCAGGUGCACGGCUGAAAAAGUGCUCUGAACAAAAAAACAGCUUGCUACUACAAAAGACUUCAAACUUUUCCUAUGUGAAAGAGGGAGAGGAAGAUGUAAAAAAAUGUGAGGAUACUCAAUUGGAGACUCCCAGUAAAAAGGCCAAGGUGGCAUCCCUCCAAGAUCUUCUUAAUACUCCACUGCCUAAAUUUCUGACAGACAUCUCAAUCUCAUCUCCCUCAUAUGCUGCAGACUUUAAAGCUUCCAUAGCACCUGUUGUAGAAGCACCACAGCAAGCCAGUGAAACAGUUCAAUUCACAGGACGGAGACUGAACUCUAAAAUGCAAGUUUACUCUGGCUCUAAGCCGGCCUGUCUUUCAAAGAUGCUUCCACUGUAUGAACAGUGCAUCCGUGUGCUUCAAAAUAAUAUUGAUUCACUGCAUGAAGUAGGAGGUGUGCCUUUUGAAAUCCUAGAGCCUGUGCUAACACAUUGCACACCAGAGCAGUUGCUUCGAAUAGAGCAAUGUAAUCCGACAUUUACAGAAGAAUGUGACCACUUGUGGAAGAAGCACUGCCAGAGAGAUUUUAAAAGCAAGAGCCUCCUGGAAUAUGAGUCUUGGCGUGAAAUGUACUUGAGACUGUUUAAUCAGAGAGAAGAAAAACUGAAGACACUUACAAAAAAUAUUAUUUCAGCUCAGUCUGAGAAACCAAAAGGCCGGCAAGUAAAAAUGGCUUAUAUGACCAGUGCAGCAAAACCACCAAGGAACAUUCGCAGGCAGCAAGAAAUCCACGGGACAGCAGGACCUGUCACCCAGCUUCAUCCCAUAGACAAGUGCAAAACAAAGAUUCCAGAAACCAGAAAUGCAAAUCACACGUCAUCAAAUCCCAUCCCUGCUGGCAACAAUGGAAGCUGUAGCUCAAGCGUAAUGACUCAAGAUGCAAAGAAGCCUAUCAAAAAAAUUGCACCAAUCAUGAAGAAAACUUUGAGAGCAUUGAAGAGUAGAGCUGGACGACGAUAAAAUGAGGCUACAUAUUUGAAGUCUGAGUGACUAUUUGUAUAUCAUGCUACAGCUAAUGCAAAUAAAGUUAAUGCAAACAUUCUUCACUUUGCCUUAGUUAAAAUAGGCAUGAAACACUGCAGGGGCAAAUGAUUUUCAAUAAAAAUUGAAACAUCUGA